AUGGCUCCUCUCAAGAUCAAACUUCACGGUCGUCACAGACUCGAACGUGUUCCAGAGAUUGGGGUGGUCAAUAUCACCGCCAAGUCAACUUCUCUCUCAAAGGUGAUUACCGUCAACGAAAUCCAGAGGAUAUCCGAGAAGCUUCAUGGAAUGAUCGCUCCGCUCGCCAUUCGAACUGAGGAUGGGGGCCCAGCUCCCGAUGCCGCGAUCAUCGAUUGGGCCCUAGCCAGCACUCAAAGCACUGAGGCCCGCACCCAGUCCUUAUUCGAUAUUAUCAUGGCGGCCUAUAUUCAGACCAGUCCCCCAACCAGCGCCCAAGCCCUUGCUCAGGAUAACACCCAUGCCUUAAUCCAGGCCAUCGGGCAAGCCAGCAUCCGGGGCAGCCCACAGGCACAGGCCAGUACUCAAUCCAGUCGGCUGACCCCCUGGGGUCCCAUUUGUCGCACCCAUUCAGCUGCUAUUGAACUGCAUGUCACCUUUGGCAACUUCACCAAACUACGUGAAUUCGCGAACCAGAUCACAGAGAUCCCUGGGGUUAGCAUUGAUGAAAUUUGCUGGGAUCUCUCUAAAGCCUCCCAUGAAUUGGCUGAUGCCGAAGUUCGAGAGAUGGCGCUCCUUAACGCGCUCCACUUAGCAAACGACUACGCCAAAUCCCUGGGACGUGAUGUGCUUCCUGUCGAAGUCAGACCUCGUCGUGUUCAUGUUGAGAUUCCAAGGGAGAGAAUGCAGACGCAGGUGAGAAACCCGUCGAUCGCUCUCCGGUCUGUUCAGAUAGUCCCCCGAAACCUUGUGUUUACCAACUCGGUCAAGGUUAUCUUUGGGCCUGUUUGA